CGUCAAAUCACUCCAACAUGGAGUUUGGAACCAUAUGUGCAGUCAUAGUAUGGAUUAGUCUCUUGAGUAUUUGCGAGGCUCUUCCUUCUCGCAAUUGGGAAAAGGCUACACCUCUUCGGUCACUGUCAGAGGUGGCGAGCUCGUAUGACUAUAUCAUUGUUGGUGGAGGUACAAGUGGGCUUACAGUCGCGGAUCGAUUGACUGAAGAUUCCACCAAAACCGUUCUUGUUGUCGAGUUUGGCCCGAUUGUCGACAAUGACACCAGUCUCGUCAUGCCAUCAAAGGGGGGCUCGGGCUUUCCUACACAGUAUAUGUACAACAUCACCUCUCUCCCACAGACGAAUCUGAGUGGCCGGACCUCAAGUGUCCCGGCUUCUGCAAUCCUUGGUGGAGGCUCUGCAAUCAAUGCUAUGUUUUUUGACCGCGGCGCAGCAGAGGAUUAUAAUGCUUGGGUUCAACUAGGUAACCAUGGCUGGGGCUGGGAUGACCUUCUGCCCUACUUUAAGAAGGCUGUUAAUUUUACACCUCCAUCUAGGUAUAUGCAGCAGGAGUUCAACGUCACUUAUAACCUCGCUGCGUAUGGUGGGAGUGGUCCGGUACAAUUGAGCUAUCCAGAUUUCCAGUGGCCAGGCAUAGAAAUUGAAUGGAAUGCCUGGGGAGACUUGGGAUUAACAGUUGAAAAGGAGGGGGCGAAUGGGAAUGCAGUGGGUCGCUUCUGGGUCCCAUCGUCACAAGACCCCAAGUCGCAGACGCGGUCUGAUGCGCGGCUCGCACACUUCGAGCGGGUGAAGCGGCGAUCCAAUUACCAUUUGCUAACUCUUCACAAAGUCACGAAACUGAACUUCGCGAACUUAGCAGCCAUAGGAGUCACGAUUCGGUCAAGGCAGAACGCGACGGUCCAAUUUGUGGCCGCAAGGAAAGAAGUUGUUCUCGCUGCCGGUGCAAUCCAUACGCCGCAGCUGCUUCAGCUAAGCGGCAUCGGCCCAUCGAGUAUUCUCACUGCUGCGGGUGUUAAUACGAUCUUGGACCUGGGAGGUGUUGGACAAAACUUCCAAGACCAUCCAUUCUUCUUCAUGCAGUACAACUUCACUUCUAACGUAUGGCCAAACCCAGAGACGCUGACGGACAAUGCCACGUUCGCUGCGGAAGCGUAUAACGAGUACUGGACGAAUCGAACAGGGCCUUACUCCGUCGGCGUUGGAAAUACUGCAGCGUUUGUGCCUCUCAAAAAUCUCACAGACGCGUAUAAAACUAUAGCGUCGACCCUCUCUGCCCAGAACAUGUCAAUUUACGCCGACUCUUCAACAUCGGCUUCGGUCCUCGCUGGAUUUAAUGCUCAGAAGCAGAUUUUGGUGAAUAGGUACCAGAGUGCUCAAAACGCCAUAUUUGAGUUUCCCUUCUCUGCGUCGAAUGGGCCAGUAUUCGCCUUCCUAAAACCGGUGUCGCGGGGUACAAUUAUGAUCAACAGCACUGAUGGCAUGACGGAGCCUGUCGUCGAUUUUCGAGCACUCUCAAAUCCCAUAGAUCUCGCCGUCAUGGUCAAACUACUUCAGUAUGCACGGAAAUACUUCAACACAUCUACCAUCGCACAACUUGGACCGGUAGAACUACUUCCGGGCCCGACUGUCUCAACAGAUGCGGAAAUUAGCGCCGCACUUAAAGACACUCUCGUGCAGCCUUCAUUCUUCCACUCAUGUUGCUCCGCAGCCAUGAUGCCCCGCAACAAAGGGGGAGUCGUCGGCACAGAUUUGCUCGUGUAUGGUGUGAAGCAGUUAAGCGUCGUAGAUGCAAGUAUCAUGCCCCUCAUUCCAGGCACACACCUGUGCGAAACUGUUUAUGCCAUUGCUGAGAAGGCUGCGGAUAUUAUCAAGCAACGCUCAUAGGCGAAUAAAGCGAGAAGGCGAGUGAAAGAGGCUAGGAGAUCCGCGCAAAUUCCAAGUUGAAACUUGACAGCGGCGGCGCGCUGCAUGGCGAGGAAAGAUGGACGCGUACCUUAGUUGUGGGGAAGAUGCCUGUAUUGUACUAGUGCUUACGGAUAAAUGUGAAGGGGCUUCCUCCAAGACUCCAAUUAGCG